GGAGAAACAUUUCCAGUUGAAGUAUUCUUUAGUAAAGCUUGUAUUGAAGAUUAUGUUGAUGCUGCUGUUAAACAAUCUAUUCAAAUACAUUUAGGUGCUGAUGAUGGUGAUAUUCUGGUUUUUAUGCCUGGUCAAGAAGAUAUUGAAGUAACAUUUUGCUUUUCAGAACGUUUAAAUGAUAUUGAAGGUGCUAAUCCAUUAAAUAUUUUACCAAUCUAUUCUCAAUUACCCAGUGAUUUAUUAGCAAAAAUUUUUCAAAAAGCUAAUGAUGGUAUUCGAAAAUGUGUUGUUGCCACAAAUAUUGCUGAAACAUUACUAACAGUCGAUGGUAUUAUGUAUGUUGUGGAUUCGGGUUAUUGUAAACUAAAAGUAUAUAAUCCACGUAUUGGUAUGGAUGCUUUACAAAUUUAUCCAAUUAGUCAAGCAAAUGCAAAUCAACGAAUGGGUCGAGCUGGUCGAACAAGGCCAGGUCAAUGUUUUCGUCUAUAUACUGAACAGAAUUUUCGUGAAGAAAUGCUCGAAAGAAAUGUACCUGAAAUUCAACGAACUAAUUUAGUUAAUGUUGUUUUAUUACUUAAAUCACUUGGUAUACAAGAUCUUCUUCAAUUUCAUUUUAUGGAUUUACCAUCACAAAAUAAUUUAAUGAAUUCAAUGUAUCAAUUAUGGAUAUUAGGUGCACUUGAUAAUACAGGUUCAUUAACACAAUUAGGUCGUCAAAUGGUUGAAUUUCCACUUGAUCCAGCAUUAUCAAAAAUGUUGAUAACUUCUGUUGGAAUGGGUUGUAGUAGUGAAAUUCUUAUAAUUGUAUCAAUGCUUUCUGUUCCAUUGAUAUUUUUUCGACCAAAAGGAAAAGAACAAGAAUCUGAUGCUAAAUUAGAUAAAUUUCAAAUUGCUGACAGUGAUCAUUUAACAUUUCUUCAUAUUUAUAUUCAAUGGAUAAAAAGUAAAUAUUCAAAUAGUUGGUGUGCUGAUCAUUUUAUUAAUGCCAAAGCUAUGAGAAAAGUUCGAGAAGUUCGACAACAAUUAAAACAUAUAAUGAGUUCACAAAAAUUAGAUAUUAAAUCAUGUACCAAUUGGGAUAUUGUACGAAAAUGUAUAUGUGCUGCUUAUUUUCAUCAAGCAGCUCAGCUUAAAAGUAUUGGAGAAUAUAUUAAUUUACGUACGACUAUGCCAUGUUAUUUACAUCCGACUAGUGGAUUAUUUCGUUGUGAAUUUACAUUUGAUUAUAUUGUUUAUCAUGAACUUAUUAUGACAACAAAAGAUUCACUUAAAACUCGUAGUGAACAUGCACGAAAAGAAACACCAUUGAAUCGUAUACAAACAACAUCGACAUCAAGAAGAAGUACAUCAUUUCAUAGUGAAAUUUAA